AUGCGAAUGGGAUUGCUGUGGCAUGCAAGCAGUUGUACUGGAGAGAAACCUACUAAAUGCACUCUAUGUGGUAAAGCUUUCUCCAAUACCACUGAUCUCAUACGGCAUAAAGGAACACACACUGGAGAGAAGCUUUACAAAUGUAAUCAAUGUGGUAAAGUCUUUGCACAAAAGAGUCAUCUCAUAAGCCAUAGAAGAACACAUACUGGAGAGAAACCUUAUGAAUGUAACGAGUGUGGUAAAGCCUUUACACGAAACAGUACUCUCUUAAGCCAUAAAAGAACACACACUGGAGAGAAACCUUAUGAAUGUAACCAGUGUGGUAAAGCCUUUGCAGAAAACACUCAUCUCUUAAUCCAUAAAAGAACACACACUGGAGAGAAACCUUAUGAAUGUAACCAGUGCAGUACAGCCUUUGCACAAAAAAGUCAUCUCAUAAGCCAUAAGAGAACACAUAUUAGGAAGAAACCUUAUGAAUAUGCCCAAUAUGAUAAAGCCUUUGCACAGCCGAGUAGAAUGAAUGAACAUAAAAGUAUACAUAUAGGAGAGAAACCUCAUAAAUGUAACCAAUGUGGUAAAUCCUGUGCAUCUAACAGUGAUCUACUAAGACAUAAAGGAACUCACACUGGAGAAAAACCUUAUGAAUGCAAUCAAUGUGGAAAAGCCUUUGUACGUAACAGUAGUCUCCUAGUACAUAAAAGAACUCACACUGGAGAGAAACCUUAUGAAUGUAAUCAAUGUGGUAAAGCCUUUGUAUGUAACAGUCAUCUCCUAAGACAUAAAAGAACUCAUUCUGGAGAGAAACCUUAUGCAUGUAACCAGUGUGGUAAAGCCUUUGCAUGUAACAGUCAUCUCCUAAGACAUAAAAGAACUCAUUCUGGAGAGAAACCUUAUGAAUGUAACCAGUGUGGUAAAGCCUUUACAUGUAACAGUAGUCUCAUAGUACAUAACAGAGCUCACACUGGAGAGAAAGCUUAUGAAUGUAACCAAUGUGGUAAAGCCUUUGUCUGUAACAGUCAUCUCCUAAGACAUAAAAGAACUCAUUCUGGAGAGAAACCUUAUGCAUGUAACCAGUGUGGUAAAGCCUUUGCAUGUAACAGUAAUCUUUUAAUACAUAAACGAACUCACACUGGAGAGAAACCUUAUGAAUGUAACCAAUGUGGGAAAGCCUUUGCAUAUAACAGUAGUCUCCUAGUACAUAAAAGAGCUCACACUGGAGAGAAAUCUUAUGAAUGUAACCAAUGUGGUAAAGCCUUUACAUGUAACAGUAGUCUCAUAGUACAUAAAAGAAAUCACACUGGAAAGAAACCUUAUAAAUGUAACCAAUGU